AUGUUCACCUCCUCUGAUAAAAGACGGGAGAAAUGGGGUAGCCUCAAUCCCUUACAACUCUAUUUAAAGUGCGCAGCGUUGCGAUGCCCCUAUGAUCUUCCCACUGAAGGGAAACGACAUUGUCAAGAGGGAUUAUCAUGGCUUUCCUCCCUUUUCAUAAGUGCAAGAAAUAAACCUCUGCAGGGGAGGGAUCUGAACGUUCUUCGAAUCUCCCAAGACGCCACGUCCAUUGAAAAGCAGGAACACACUUCAAGGCAUUCUUCACUGGUCUCCUUGGCAUGUCAAGAGAGUAGGGAAUUGUUAGCUCACUCCGCGACCGUGUCUCUUGAUGCUGGGGCGAUGAAGUUCACCAGUGGCAGUAAGAUGUGCGAAGCGGAGUCCUCUCACAAGGAAGUCCCCCAACACCACGACGAUGGCCAGGAAGAUGAAAUUCAUCCAAAAAGGGAUGGACAGAAAUCUCCUUUGCAGGAAUUUGAGAAAAAUUAUGGCACGAGCGAAGCCAACAAAAGUCGUGUAAUUGUCGUGCCUAACGAAGAAAAGUCAGUGGCAUCUGUUGUAUGCAGUCGCAAUGGGACGCCCCCACAACACGAGCUUCAAUCAAAGACGCUCAACUCCUGUAGUGUCGCCGUGGGUCCGGACGAGGCCUAUAGUAACAAUGGCCUGGGCACAAUGGCGCUGGGACACGGUGAUAGAACCGAAUUCCCUGUGUUUUCAGAAGAGAACAAAAUGGAAAAUUUGCUUGCAACCGCAGUGGAGCGCCUAUACGCGAAAUUCCAGGGAACGGCGUUGAAGGUUGCUCCUCUGGAUGAACUGAAACAAAGCCUGGUGGAAGCGUUUCACCAGGCUCGGAAGGGCCGGGCAGCCGAGGAGGAAAGAGUCGAGUUGGCAGUUCACCUGCACACACUCAGACACCAGGUGGAGUUUUUAACGGACAUGUGGAAUAAAUACAAGGAUGCGCGGAUGGCCUUGGAAAGACAGCCGACACGAAAGAAGGAGGCAGCCACGAAAGUUAUUCGCGUGCAAAUUAUCCGGGAUUAUGAAGAGCCACCCGUAUCGUACAAAAAGGGCCCCUUUGUUCCGCUUGCUCCCGCGAUGCAGCGCCUCCAAUUACCCAAUGAAACGACGUACACUUCCGUCAGCGAACCCCGCGGCAAAAACUCCGGUAGCUCAGUACUUUCACCCACGCGAAGAGCGGAAUCCUCCUACGACUCAUUCAUCACCUCCGAGGUCGAGUACUUGGACGACUUUGAGGAUGCAUAG